AAAUCGGCGGCGCGGUCACAUGGUCGUCGAUUGUCUGCGAUAACGGAAUGAAAAGCAGCAGUAGUAGUAGUAGAACAAUAAUGAUGGUAGGGCCACUGAUGCGUUUUCGUAAUAUUAGUUCAAACCCGAUCCGUUCCUUCGAUCAGUCUUGCGUUUGAUCGGCCGGCUCGUGGUCCGCUCUGGUUCAGACGUCUUCUCGCUGCCGCCGUCUUCAUUGCUGCUGUUGCUUCCGCCGCGUUAUAAGGUCUAUUCAAAAACGUUUCAAAUGGUUACGGACCACGGUUCUGCCUUUCGUGCACUCGAGUAAAUGGUACGUACGAGCACACCAUUGCACUACCGUUCACGUCUGACCACACGAUUUCGUUGACGGUUCGUUUCCGAUUUUAUUGAGAAGAAAAUAUACCCUUCAUUUCCCACACGAGGCCAUGGCAAACAAAAUGCGGUCCAAGAACCCUCCGGAGAAGAAGACGCCGUCGGUGCCGGUAAUCAGUAAACGACCCCCGGACGGUGGUUGGGGCUGGUUUGUCGUGUUCGGAUCGUUCAUGAUACACGUCGUCACUGAUGGAGUCACUUAUUCGUUUGGCGUUCUAUACACAGAAUUCUUAGACGUUUUUAAAGAAAGUAAAGGGGCAACUGCGUGGAUCGCAUCUUUAUUGGUUGGAGUUACAUUAUGCUCAGGACCCAUCGCCAGUAUUUUCGUAAACAAAUAUGGUUGUCGUGUAGUGACCAUUGCAGGAGCCAUACUUGCGAGUAUUUGCUUGAUGGCCAGUGUAUUUGCCAACAGUGUAUUAAUUCUAUACAUAACUAUCGGAAUAGGAACAGGUCUGGGCUUCGGCAUGAUCUAUCUGCCGGCCAUCGUGAGCGUGACGUGCUAUUUCGACAAGUUCCGGUCGCUGGCCACCGGCAUCGCCGUGUGCGGUUCCGGACUCGGCACGUUCAUCUUUUCGCCGUUGGUCGACUACCUGGUGAAAGGGUACGGCUGGAGGAUCACCGUGGCCGUUAUAUCGGGCCUGGUGAUGCUGUGCACGCUGUUCGGCAUGCUGUUCCGGCCGCUGUCCGGUACCGCGUCCGCGGCCGACGACGACGGUGACGACGAUGGCGAGAGGCCGGCGCUGACGAACGGGGCCGCGACCACCACGGUCGUGCUGAACAUCAUCGAACCGCCGGCGACCGAGAGCCAACCGCUGAACAACGGCGGUGGCGGCAGCGUGGACGCGGCCAACCGGUCGUACGAGCACAUACCCAACUCGGACGACGACGACGAGUGGCGUGGCACCGGCCACGACCCCGCGGAGAUGUCGCCCGACGCGCUGCUACUGUCGCAAGACGAGCGGGCCCGCAAAGACUCGGAGACGGUCGCGUCCAACGGGGCGGCUGACGCCUCGGCCGCGUCGUUUGGCAACGAACUGGACAGACAGUCGCGGUUCACGCUCAGCCAGCCCGAGCUGAUCGCCGCGUCCGCCGGCCGGCUCAGCUGUCGGCUCAGCACUCGGCAGCGGAACGAGGUGUGCUACGCCAGCCAGAACCUAAAGCCGUCAGCGAACGGCGGCAGCGGCAUCAUGUACCAGAAGGACAUAUUCUACAGCGGCAGUCUGGUCAACUUAAACGUUAACCGCAGGAGAACCAUAUCACAGUCGACCAACGCCGGUGCUUAUGCCACCGAAAUGACCAAUGCAAUCAUAGAAAGCGACCAGUUUUCGGAUGGUAUCUGUUGUUCCGCCGACGCCAAGAAUACAAUAAAGCAAAUGUUGGAUUUCUCACUGCUUAAAGAUCCUGUCUUCAUACUGUACACAAUUUCAAACUUCUUGACGAGCAUUGGCUUCAAUAUACCGUACUUGUACUUAGUGCCUCAAGCCGGCAUUAUGGGUAUACCAUCCAAACAAUCAAGUUAUUUGUUAGCAUUGUUGGGUAUCGCCAAUACAUUGGGUAGGAUCAUACUCGGAUUUAUAUCAGACAAACCGUGGAUAAACAGGCUCAUGGUGUACAAUCUGUGCUUGGCCGUUUGUGGUAUAGCUACAAUGCUGAGUACAUACUGCACGGACAUACUCUCGUUAUCUUUGUACACGAUCGUUUUUGGCUCCACAAUCGGUGCGUACGUGGGUCUGACGUCAGUGAUCCUGGUGGACCUCCUGGGCCUAGACAAAUUGACAAACGCUUUUGGGAUCCUGUUGAUGUUCCAAGGCAUUGCCUCGCUCGUCGGACCACCCAUAGCCGGGUGGCUGUUCGACAUAACGGGCUCGUACAACCCGGGAUUCUACCUUUCGGGAUCGAACAUCGCCGCCAGUGGUCUGAUGCUGUUCGUCAUACCGUACGUCCAGCGGCGAUGCGAACGGAAGGAACUGGAGAAAAUGACUGCAGUUGUAAAUAAUAAUUAACGCGUAAUAACAUACACACACACACCCACACACCCACACAUACACACACAAUGUACUCCUAUACGAAUUGUUAUAAAUGUUACGUUAAAUGGGAAAAUAUUUUUUUUAAAAAAAAAAAAAAAGAAAAGAAAAGAAAAAAAGCCAUCGACAAAAAAUCAAAUCUAUUAUAGUUAAUAUUAUAUUAUGCGUUAUAACGUGCCCCCAGGACUGUAACACGCAGAGGGCGUUUAUAUUUUGUAUUUUCAUUAUUUAUUAUAUUUUUUUCUCUGCCCCGCGGGGAGAUUCCGUUGCCGCGUUCUUCCUGUUUGGAUUUUUGCUCAAAAUAUAUUUUAUGUGAAUAAUAUAUUAUAUGAUAUGUUUACAUUUUAAUAUUAUAGAAUAGAUAUGAUUUCGUCGUUUUUAGUUUUAAUCGCGAAUUUGUGUUCAGGCGAGCAGGCGAAGACACGUCGCGUGAUACACACAAAUAUAAUAUAAUAUAUAUAUAUAUACUUAAGUUUUAUUUUCUGUUUCAUUUUAUUAUUACACAUUCGUUUUGUGAAUUACAUAUAAUACGAUUUUUCCGAUUUUUUUGUUGCUAAUUUGUUAACGUAUUUUUUGCAUUUACCAAAUAUCAAUUGAAAUAUCAUUGAAUUCAUAAAUUAUAUAGAUAUAUGUGUGCUUUAGCCACAAUUACGUGUAUUUUUAAAACGACCAAAACAUACAUAAUAUUAAUACAUUUUAUAAAUUAUUGUACCCAUAAUUCUAAUUAAAACGAACGAUUAUGAAAUAACUUUAUGACCGAAUAAUCUAUUUAAAUUAAUAAUAUUCAACAAAUGAUUCCUACUAAAUAUUAAUCAUAAACGUAAUAUUAAUCUAACAAGAAUUAAAUUAUUUUAGAAUGAAUCAUUAAUAUUUCGAAUAUUUCCCGACUGUGAAAACAAAGUCAUUUACCAGUGAUUUUAUUAGCUACUCGAUGAUUCUUUAAUUGAUUUCCGGUAUAACCGGAAACUAAUUGUCUGAUCGAUCGAUCCUCAAUUAUUGUUGCUAAACACAAUAGUUUUAAAAAUAUUUUGAUCUUUUAAAAACAAAAAAAAAUCCCGUUUACAUUAAUUACACCCUUGUACGCUGCCAGCGGCAACGAUAUUCAUAUUUUAUUUACAUAAUUCGCACGUGAUGUUUCAAUAAAUCGAUACUUCAAUAUUGUUGUGUAGUAUAUAAUAAUGUAAUAAGUACAAAACUACAAACAUACACAAUAUUACAAUAUACAUUAUUAUGAUAUAAAUAUUAUUGAUAAAAUUAAGUAUAUAUUACUGUGUACAAAACUAUGUUUUAUGCGAGUGACAGUUUAAAUGAUAUGUGGACGACUGCACUCGUCUGUUUAAGACGGUCUAGUAAUAUUAUUCUACACGUUUAACCUGUAUAAAACAGGCGAAUAAACCGUCUCCCAAAGUUUUUUUUUUGGACAGUCGACUACGACUUCAGUGCAUAACACAACAUUAGUUACAGUGCAAUAUUAAUAACAUAAAUUCUCUUAAAAACUUUUUUGGAUUUAUCUGUUCGUUUUUUUUUUCGGGAACAUUGCUAAAAGAAUUUAACAUGCAAGCAAAAAUACACAUUCACAUAUUCGUGCUUAAAUUUGUAGUAUAACUUAUUAUUAUUCGACAAAAAAAUUAAAAAUUCACGUUUUUCCGUUUCGGGAACACCCCCGAGUGUUGAUUUGUCGCAGACGAGUAUUACUAAACAGUAUAUUAUUAUUUUUAAUAUUAUUAUUAUUUUUAUUAUUAUUAUUAUUAUUAUUAUUAUUUUAGUUAUUAUUAUGAUUAUAAUUUAAUAUUUAUAUAAAUUAUAUCGCGGUCGUCCAUGCGAUUUGGCAGUGCGUACCGUACUCAUAUUUGCUGUCGGAGCGACUUAUUAUUGUAUUAUUAUUACUAUUAUUACUACUAUUAUUAUUACUGAUUUUUUUUCUCCCAUUAGAAAAAAAUGUGUCAUUUAUUAAUGUUUUUAAAUUGCCAUCGUAGUUAAACUCGACAAUAUGUGUCCCUUAGUUAUUUUAUUUUAUAUAUUUUUGUUACACGGUACAAAAUCAUGAAGAAAAAAACUGAGAGGCCAAUUAUUUAAUGUUAAGUAUUAACUAUGUAUAUAAGGAGUUAUUGUUAUUUUAAGCAUCAUGAUGUGCAGGAAUAUUUUUAAUAAACGCUUUUUCGAUGUACAAAACUAUGUUAUGUUCUCUAUUUGUAGAACGCUAUAUUAUCAGCUAUGUUGUAAUUUUUAUUUGGACAAAAAAACUGGGACAAAUAACAUAAAUCGUUAAUAUCGAUGAUUGUAUUGUAUAAUAUAUAUUGACAAAAUGUUGAAUAUAAAAAUUUAUAAUAUACA